ACUUCUCGUUGCAUAUAAGACACACGGUCGCUUCAUCCUCCGCAAAACCGCUCGCGAUGGUGUAUCGUUGUGAACGACAUUUGCCUCCGGUUACCAUAACAUAUCCAGUCCCGUGUACUUACUAAUCGUGAUAUGGAAACACCAUAAGUGACCGGACUCUCGUUCUACCAGUCAUUCGAACAAGCGGACACCACCUAUCCAGUGAAUCGAGAACUCGCGUUGUUAGAACAACCCGACCGGUGUUGUCGAUCACUCGAUUCUGCCAGCUUCUACAGAAUUGCGUAACUAAAAUUACGUGUAUGGGCAUUGUCGAGGUUCGAGUAGAUUCUUUUGGCAGAUCAUAGUCUUUGCUUUGGUUGUUUUCCCUGAACGUUUUAUGGUCGGAGUCGUAGUUGUUUCAUACAGGUUGACUUAUUCGUGAUUUUGUGAGUGCGUUAGGAUGAUCUUCUACGGUCCCGAUGCUGUAAACAGGGAAAUGAAACACAGCGUGAAGUAUCCCUCGCUACCGGCGAGCUUGCCAAAGGAUUUGUGUUUGACUUGGAAAAAUAUUUCUUACACGGUUGAAAGACGGAGAAAUGGAGGUAGCUUCAGGGCGAUUUUCGGUUUGCAACACACUGAAUUCGUUACCUUACUUAACGGAGUUAGCGGUAUAGUUAAUUCCGGAAUGUUGAUGGCUAUUCUGGGACCAAGCGGUGCUGGGAAAACUACCUUGCUCGCUACGAUCAGUCGACGCGUUAAAGGUCAAGCCACGGGUGAGAUUUUAUUAAACGGGAAGCCUAUAGACACCGGCCAGAUGAUAAGGAUAUCAGGAUUCGUUCCGCAGACGGACUUGGCUAUCGAAUCGUUGACUGUCCUGGAACACAUGGAAUUUAUGGCGUGCAUGAAAAUGGACAGGAGGCUUCGGGCGAACGUCAGAAGGCAACGUAUAAUGGUUUUGCUGGGAGAACUCGGUCUGGGAAAAUGUGGGAACUCUAAGCUUUCCUCUUUGUCCGGCGGCGAGAGGAAGAGGGUCACUUUAGCUGUUCAACUACUGACCGAACCGAGUAUACUGUUUUGCGACGAGCCAACCACGGGGUUGGAUAGUUACGGCGCGAUGACGGUGGCAAGAACGCUAAGGGAGGUUGCCGCUAGCGGAAGAAUCGUCAUCUGCUCCGUGCAUCAACCGGCUUCCGGUCUGUUGGAAAUUUUUCACGAGGUUCUUCUACUUUCUAGCGGCAGAGUCGCCUUUCAGGGCUCCUCCCUCGACGCUACGGAAUUUUUCGACAGUUUGGAGCUCCGUUGUCCUCCGACUUUCAACAGCGCCGAAUUCUACGUGUCUCAGUUGUCGAUCGUUCGCGGUAGAGAAGCGGAAAGUUAUCAGAAGGUAAAUUGGAUUUGCGACCAAUAUCAAAAGUCCAAGUACGGUCAAAGAGUAUCGAAAUUGAUCGAAUAUUCUUGCGCCAGCACGUCGGACAAUAACGAGCUUCCGUCCAUCUUCUCCGAUGUCUCUUUGACCCCACGAAAUUACAAGAAAGCCCGUGGAUUCACGCAAUUACGCUGGCUAACGUGGCGAACGUACGUCGAUUACAAGAGAAACUCCGCCUCCAUUUUUUUGCGAUUUAUAACUUACAUGUUCAUAGGGCUGCUGAUAGCAUCUCCUUACGUGGACGUGACAGGAAAACCGAUGAAUCAAGGCUCCAUACAGAACAUGCAAGGUCUUUUGUACCUAGUCGUCGUAGAGACGGUUUUCACUUUUAACUAUGCUGUUUUCUAUACGUUUCCAAGUGAAUUGCCACUUUUGCUACGCGAUAUCGCCAGUGGGCUUUAUGGCCCGACACCGUACUACAUCAGCAAGGUUGUCGUUCUGCUACCGGGUGCUAUAGUGCAACCGUUGCUCUACUCGGGAUUUAUAUUUUCGAUCACUGGACUGAAGGGUGGAUUUUUAGGAUUCGUCUACUUUGCACUGCCAGUAGUAAUCUGUGCCAUCUCCGCUUCCGCUCUGGGUUGUUUCUUAUCAGCGUCUUUCCAAUCGGUGGACACUGCUUCCUUGUUUUCUGUGCCGCUGGAUUUUCUUGGACUUAUGUUUUGUGGUAUCUACUUGCAUCUUGGGCAUUUAGCACCUGGUAUAGCCUGGCUAAAAUAUUUAUCACAGUUUUAUUACGGUCUGGAGGCAGUCUCUUUAACGCAGUGGCUAUUCAUCGAUCACAUAAAUUGCUCUCCAGAUCCAGAAGAGCCUUGCAUAUCCAGCGGAAUGGGUGUUCUGGAGAAAUACGGCUACUUACCAAACCACUACGCCAUGGACCUAAUCGGUCUUAUGGUAAUAUAUUCCUUCAGCCACCUGGCUGGUUUUUUGGUGAUCAGAUACAGGAGUCGUCAGGAGCCUGUCUAUUAAUUUUAUGGGUCUU